GUGUGCGCGGCGCUUGAGGCCGCAUCAUGGGAGUCGCCGCCGCGGCAGGGGCACCUAUCUCCGUCCCGCUGCCGCUUCCAGGAGCUAUCGCGCCUCACUGCAGUCGUCGGAGCUGGAAUGCAGCGACACACGCUCAUUGGCUGAUGCGCCCGCUCCGCCUGGGCCUGCCAAGUGCUGAUAGGCGCAGGGCCCCGUCAGUCCCGUCCCCCGCCGUUGCCACGGUGAGGGCGCCGGGCGGACGGGCUGGUCGCGAUGGCUGGCGUGGAGCUGUUCUCGCAUCCCGCGCUUUACACGCGCUACCGAGCCGGGCUCUGCUCCGCCGCGGCGCUGGCGCUGGUGCUCAUCACGGUGCUUACUUAUGUGCCGCCACUACUGGUGGCUUACCGGAGUCACGGUUUCUGGUUGAAGCAGAGCACCUACCUGGAGCAGCCCACUGUGCGGUUCCGGUAUGAGCUGCUCUUCGUGGCCACCACCGGGCCCGGCCCGGGCAGCUUCUUAGCGUGGAGCACGUUCCCAGCGUUCAACAGACUCCAAGAGGACCGGCUACGAGUCCCACUCCUGUCGGCUAGAGAAGAAGACAAAAAUCAAGAUGGCAAAAUGGAUCAGUUGCAUUUUAAAUUGGAACUUCCACUACAACCCACGGAGCAUGUAGUUGGCGUUCAGCUGCUUCUACUCUUCUCCUACCAGCUUUAUAGAAUGUCUACGUUUGUUAUGCAGAGCAUGGCUUUUCUUCAGUUUUUUUCUCCUGUGCCAGGGUCUCAACUCUACAUGAAUGGAGACCUGAAAUUGAAGCAGAGACAACUACUUAACCAUCGUGGACUGGAUACCAGAUAUAAUGUGUCUGUGGUCAAUGGCACAAGUCCUUUUGCGAGGGACUACGAUCUAACCAACAUCAUUGCAGCAUAUCAGGAUAGAAAUGUGACAACAGUCUUUUCAGAUCCUAGCCCUGUCUGGAUGACCGGAAGAGCAAUGGAUACACCAUUUAUUGUUAAUGCCACUAUUCGUUACCCAGUGGAAGUUAUCUUAUAUCCUUUGAAUUUUGGGAAAUUAUUACAAUUUGCCUGGAUCCAGUAUGUCAGCAUUCUCCUUAUCUUUCUUUGGGCAUUUGGUAGGAUUAAAAUGUUCAUAUUUCAGAAUCACGUGUUGACUACAACUCCAGUUCUGCCAGUAUCUCCUGUACUGUCCUAUAAAGAGCACAGUCCUGAGGGGAUGCCUGCGAACACUUUUUAAGAAAUGCUGUUCAAACACAGAUCCCUGCCUUUGGUUCUUUGUACAUUUUUUACUUUGGGAGAUCAGAACCUUUGAAAGUAUGUUCCAAGAAAGUCCUGUUCACACUUUUAAAAGUACAUGUUCAUCUAUUUUUCUUGGAGCACUGCUUUGGGACUGAGAAUUUCAAUAUUUUUCACA